UGUACGCAUACCGUAGUCAAGUACAGCACUUUCUGCCAUGGCAGAACAUUUACAUAUACGACGUAUUGUAUAGCAUUACACUUGUCUACUUUUUUACUGUUUUCUGUCCUUUCGCUAGCCGGGCUAUUGCUGCACUGAAUUAGAUGUUAAAGACUGUUCUUGUGCAACAGGUGUCAGUGGAUCUUGCGAAAUGCGUACGUGCUGGAAACAGUUGUCCAGUUUCCGCAACAUUAGUACCGCUAUGAAAUCGCGGUACGACAAGGCUGUGCCGAUUGCCAGAAAGUUUAACGGCAAGCUUAAAAGAAAAGGCAAAGCGAAAAAGAAAGGGCCGAUUUCCUUGGAUAGCCUGGUGUAUCUUGAAAGGUCACCAAAUUACUGCAAACUGGAUUAUGCAAACGGAAUUCGUGGGACAUCGGGUCGCACCUGCAAUGCGACGUUUAAUGGUCCGGGAAGUUGCAAUUACGUUUGCUGCAAUCGUGGACACCAAACCCAAGUCGUUCGGAAAAUUGAAAGAUGCUACUGCAAGUUCAUCUACUGCUGCAAGGUGGAGUGCAAGGAAUGCAAGACAACAAAAGAGAUCAGUACUUGCAAUUAAUUAAAUGAUUUUGUUCUAAUCUCUCCGUUCGCUGCACUGACAAUGUGAAUUAAAGCUGCUAACGUAAAUUAAGCUGCAAGCAUGCGGCACAGUAAGUGCGAAACAUAAGUACAUAGGCAGAUUGAAUGUAUCGCUUCUGUACGCUCAUAUU